AUGCAACACGAAAAAGGCCGGGAUGGGCGGAUGGCCUCUCUCAGGUUUCUCUCUGACUCUACCGUUAUCGCCUGGCUAAACCGAUAACAACAUCGCGGUGCUAUCGAUCUGGAACGAUCUGAACCGAAGGCACACUUAUACACCAUCGUGACCGCGUGACGUUCGUCCGGCGUUCACGCUGUUCUGGAUUUUCAUGCGGGAUACAACGCACAGUGCCUGUGUCAUUCCCGUUCGAUCCCGCAACACGGCAAUACCUCACGGCGCGCCAAACGAGAACGUCGUUUCCAGGUCGACGAGCGGGCGGCUGUGGGAUGGCUUGCGAGGCGUGUAACGCCAAGUUCAACCUGUUCAAGAGAAAAAAACAAUGCGUGGACUGCCUGAGGUACUUCUGUUCCGAAUGCGUGAUCAAACGGCUGGACAAGGUGUUCACUUGCGACAGCUGUGGCCUGUUGUCCAGGAGGCCGCUUAUCAGGAAUCAAAUCAGACAAAUACGUUCGAGGGACUUGCGUCAGUACCUUGUGGCGAAGAAGGUUUCUGUCAGGGGUUGCGUCGAAAAAGAGGACUUGGUACAUCUACUAAUGCUCUUUGCUAAUGGAACUGACUCGUGCUUGAGCUUCGACCACAGUACAAGCGCCAGGACACAAAAUGCUGCCGAAGAACCACAUUCCAGGAUUGACCCCGGUUCAAACAGAAUGGAAAACAUGCCAAAUGUCAGUACCGCGAAUAAUGAACCUGACGCGGAGGCGCCAGCGGAACCCGUAAGAAACGAGGAUGUCGAAAUGGCGGAGGAAGCGAGUGAAAGCAGUGACAGUAGCCCAAUUAUUAGCGUUCCAUUUAGCAGCGAUAACGAAUCACCCGGGGAGAAACCAACGAAGGGUAGUGACGUCGAAAUAGAAGAAGUAUUUGAGAGUGAUAACAAUCCAACCGGGCCUAGUACCGCACCAGAGCCAGUAAUCACCGAACAGGAGGAAGUUCCCGAAACGUCAGACGAGAAAAAAUCGGAUAUGGUCACAGAGAUCCCCACGUGGUCAGACAAAGUGCAAUUGUCUGAUAUAAAGGAAGCGUCGGAACUAGAGUAUCUAAGCAUUAAACAAUUAAAAAAUCUGUUGAGUACAAAUCGCGUGGAUUAUAAAGGCUGCAUAGAGAGACAGGACUUACUGAACAAAGUUUCCAGAUUAUGGCACGAAUAUAGUCAAUCCAGAAAGGAUGUGGAAAAACUCAGCGAGGAAGAAUUGUGCAAAAUCUGCUGGGACGCACCGAUCGAGUGUGUAAUUUUGGAAUGCGGCCAUAUGGCUUGUUGUAUAAACUGUGGUAAACAAAUGUCCGAAUGUCCGAUAUGCAAACAAUAUGUCGUUCGUGUUGUACGAUUUUUCAAAGCUUAAAAAAAGGCAACGAUCGGAAUAUAAUAGGUGAUUAUAACUUUGUAAAUUUGGAAAUUUGAAAUCCCAAGUUAAGUCCUCCUUUAUCUUUUAGAUUAUUACGUGCCUGCCAGUUGUCAUAGAUCGAUUCUGACGUGUAUAUGGUAAAACACCAAAUUUUUGUCCGAUAAUUUACGGCGCAUUUUGAUAAACAUUAGAACUAGGUCUGCAUAAGAUUUAUGCAAAUCUUAUGCAAUUGUCUUGACUUUAAAUUCUAAAUUGGCUAGUUGUAUAGCGUUUUUUAUCAAUUGAAAUACAAUUCAGAACUUUCCAGACGGAGGAUAAUAUUUUGAAAUAAAUAUCUAUAUUAUAGUAUAUUAUAUCAAAUCAAACUACGUAUACAUAUAUAUAUAUCCACACCAUAUACAUAUAUAUGUAUAUGUACGUAUAUAUGUGCAUAUAUUGCAAUGAAUAACGCUAAGGGUAUAAUAUAUGAAGUUUUUAUAUUAUGGAGUUGUGUGUAUGUGUGCGCACAUAUGUCGUAACACUCCAAUCUCCUGUGAUCCCGGAAAUUUUAUAAAUUCUGUAUUGUACAAAAUGUAUCUUUUUUAUGAAAAUAAAUAAUACGUAGAUUAAUUCUGAAUGUA